UUCUUCACUGGAUCAUGCAGAAACCCCAGCAUCAUCACCACCAUCAAUUCCCAUCUCCUCUCCACGUGGCACAUUCCAAACCCGUUCGAUCAAAACCUCCCCGGUUUACCUGAAAACAGUUUUGUAUGUUUUUUUGUGCUUCAUCACAACUAUAUUAGUUUAUUACUACUAGUCACUCCCACUCCACUUCAUAAACACAGGAGCAGAGAGAAACAGAGAGAAGAACAAGAAGAAGAUGAUGAAGAAGAAGGGUGGUAGUGAGAAGAAGAGGAGUGAGAGUGAGAAGGAGAAGACGAAGAUGAGAGAGAGGAAGAGAAGGGCCAUCACCACCAACAUAUUCAGAGGUCUAAGAAACCAUGGUGGCUACCCUCUCUCUCAUCGCUCCGAUAUCAAUGCCGUUCUCCGCCACCUUGCCAACGAAGCUGGCUUCGUCGUUGACCCUGACGGCACCACCUACCGCUCCAAGGCUUUGGUGAAGUGUCCACUAUGUGGUUCCCGUGCUGCAACCGCGAAUUUGUCACCAAUCAAGCCCAAGGCCAACGGAAGCGCUUCAACGACGUCGUUGGCAACGUCUGGCGUAGUCAGCAGCAGCAUUACAGACCCUGCACCUGCAGCGGUUACUACGGCAGCUGUGUCAAACAACAUAGCUAGAGUUGGAGAACGGGGUUGUUCUUCUCAUGAUCCGUUGCUGUGUUUCGAUGGGCCCAUUUCAGUGCCCAUGUACACGUGUCAAGAUCAGGCGGGUGUUGAGAGUUGUGGCGCCAACGGUGCAGAUGGUGUGCCGUAUUGUGAGGAGAUGCAGCGGCAAGAAGAUGAAGCAGCGUUUUUGUGUUUGGAAGAAAGUGGCAGCAUUCACAACCCUUUGGUUGGGCCUAUGCCUUACUUCUGACACCAAA